UGUUGCCAGUACUUCUCUGACAAGCGAUUGAAUUUCAACAGAGUGCGAAAACAUAUUGAGAUUAUCAAAAAUGUCUGGGAAAUUACCGACCACCUAUGUGAAGGGCUUCCACGAUGAGGCGAAGGUGCGCCGCAUGGAAUAUCGCAAUCUCGGAAAGACCGGCCUGGAAGUCUCGAAAGUCUCUUUCGGCGGCGGCGCCCUCUGCGCCAACUACGGCUUUGAACUUGAGGAGGGUAUCAAGACAGUGCAUGAGGCUCUGAAAUCGGGCAUCAAUUAUAUUGAUACGGCCCCCUGGUAUGGCCAGGGUCGCUCAGAGGAGGUCCUUGGCCAGGCGCUGAAAGACGUGCCCAGGGAAUCUUACUACAUUGCCACCAAAGUAGCCCGCUACGAACUGGACUAUGAGAACAUGUUCGACUUCAGCGCCAAGAAGACCCGCGAAAGCGUGGAAAAGAGUCUGAAACUCCUGGGCCUGGACUACGUGGACGUCAUCCAAAUACACGAUAUCGAGUUUGCCAAGGAUCUGGACAUUGUCAUCAACGAGACUUUGCCCACGCUGGAGCAGCUGGUCAAGGAGGGCAAGGCCAGGUUCAUUGGCGUGUCCGCCUAUCCGAUUUCGGUGCUUAAAGAGUGCCUAACCCGAGCGGCAGGAAGAUUCGAUACGGUUCUCACCUACGCCAGAUACACCCUGACCGAUGAAACGCUGCUGGAGUACCUGGACUUCUUCAAGUCCCAGAACCUUGGCGUCAUCUGUGCCGCUGCCCAUGCCCUUGGACUCCUGACCAACGGCGGACCGCAGCCUUGGCAUCCGGCCAGCGACGAGCAGAAGGCCAUUGCCCGGAAGGCGUCGGAGUUCUGCAAGGAACGCGGCGUGGAGUUGGGAAAACUGGCCAUGUUCUACACGAUGAAGGGAUUGCCCGGGGUGAGCACCUUUCUCACGGGCAUGCAGACGCGGGAGCUGCUGCGUAUCAACCUGGGGGCCUUCGAACUGGGCCUCAACGAAAAGGAGCAGGAAGUGCUGCGGUACCUGAAAGAAAACGUUUUGACCAAACCAUUCGAUUGGGAGGGCAUCGAACUGAAGCGAUAUUGGGCAGCCAUAAAGCAGAAGUAAUCGAGGAAGAUUACUUGCAAAACAUAACGAUAUAAAAUAAAGUCUAUAAAUUGUG